AUGUCAUCAUCUAACUCUCCAUGUGCGGCUUGCAAGUUCCUCCGGCGAAAGUGCACCCAAGAGUGUGUAUUUGCUCCCUAUUUCCCACCGGACCAGCCUCAGAAAUUCGCUAAUGUCCACAAGGUCUUCGGCGCAAGUAACGUCGCAAAACUCUUAAACGAAGUCAACGCCGCCCAACGCGAAGACGCUGUGAAUUCCCUUGCAUACGAAGCCGAAGCUCGCCUCCGAGACCCAGUUUAUGGCUGCGUAGGACUCAUCUCGAUCCUUCAACACCGUCUCAAGCAAGUCCAACACGAUUUGUACAAUGCUAAGAAAGAAUUGGCUAAUUAUAUUGGCCCGUCGGCGAUGUUGCCAAUCCUCCAACAUCCUGGGUUUAUUCAACAACAUCCCAACAAUCCGGUGACUUCGGUGAUGCCCUAUAAUAUACAACCGAUGUUGGGGUUACAGGCUGGUCCAUCGCACGGGACUCAGUUGAUGAUCCGUGAGCCUCAGCCGCAGCACCACCAGCAACAAAUGCUGGAGGCUCAGCAGCUAGCGGCGGUGGUGGCGGCCAGAGAACAACAGGACAUGACGAGGGCUUAUGAGCAGCAGCAGCAACAAGAACAACCACCACAGCAACAUGACCUUGUGACGUUCAAUGGUGGGUUCGACACAGCCGGACCUGUGACCGCAACUGGGUUUAAUCAGAUGACUGCUACGGGGAUGUCGCCGGUGUUGGCUUUGGGUUCAUACGACAAUCCUUAUCAUCAGAUUCAGCAAGAGACACAAGAGCGUUCUCAUCCCCAUCUGCUUCAGAUUCAGCCAGAGCUUUUGCUUCAGCAACCACAGGCAAGACAACAGCAACAGAGGGAUGGAAGCGAGGAGG